AUCUGUUGAAGAAAUAGAGGUUGAGGAGCCUUCACAGAGGUUUCAAAGUAGCCACUCCAAGUCUUCUGAACGUCACAUGUAUAGAUCCAAAUCUGUUGAUGAAAUAGUGGUUCAGGAGCCUUCACAGAGGUUUCGAAGUAGCCGCUCCAAGUCCUUGGAACAUCAAAAGCCUAGAUCCAAAUCUGUUGAAGAAAUAGAGGUUCAGGAGCCUUCACAGAGGUCUCGAAGUAGCUGUUCCAAGUCUUCUGAACAUCUCCAGUCCAGAUCCAAAUCUGUUGAAGAAAUAGAGGCUCAGGAGCCUGCAGAGAGAUCUCGAAGCAGCCGCUCUGAGUCUUUGAAACGUCAAAUGUCUAGAUCCAAAUCUAUUGAAAAAGAAUGCAAAGAUUCUUCACAGAGGUCUCGAGGUAGCCGCUCCAGGUCUUCUGAACGUGUCACAUCUAAAUCCAAAUCUGAUGAAGAAAUGGAGGUUCAGGAGCCUUCACUGAGGUCUCGAAGCAGCCGCUCCAAGUCUUUGGAACGUCACACAUCUAGAUCCAAAUCUGUUGAAGAAAUAGAGGGCAGAGAUUCUUCCCAGAGGUCUCGAAGUAGCCGCUCCACGUCUUCUGAACGUGUCGUAUCUAAAUCCAAAUCUGAUGAAGAAAUGGAGGUUCAGGAGCCUUCACUGAGGUCUCGAAGCAGCUUCUCCGAGUCUUUGGAGCGUCACACAUCUAGAUCUAAAUCUGUUGAAGAAAUAGAGGGCAAAGAUUCUUCCCAGAGGUCUCGAAGUAGCUGCUCCACGUCUUCUGAACAUCACAAGUCCAGAUCCAAUUCUGUUGAAGAAAUAGACGUUGAGGAGUCUUCCCAGAGGUCUCGAAGCAGCCGCCCUGCAUCCUUGGAACAUAUAGAGGUUGAGGAGCCUUCUCAGAGAUCUCGAAGUAGCCGCUCCACGUCUUCUGAACGUCACAAGUCCAGAUCCAAAUCUGAUGAAGAAGUGGAGGUUGAGGAGUCUUCCCAGAGGUCUCGAAGUAGCCGCUCCAAAUCUUCUGAACGUCACGAGUCCAGAUCCAAUUCUAUUGAAGAAAUAGAGGUUGAGGAGCCUUCCCAGAGGUCUCGAAGUAGCCGCUCCAAAUCUUCUGAACGUCACGAGUCUAGAUCCAAAUCUGAUGAAGAAGUGGGGGUUGAGGAG